GCUCCAUUUGGGCGGGUCCGUCCCGCCCACCUCGACGCUGAUUGGUGGACGCCGCGCUGUAGUGUCUCGUCCGGUGAAUGGACAGUUGGGCUGUCAAUCAAAGAACGCGCUGGCUGGGCUCGGCUCGGUCUCCGCUUUCAUCGUUCGAGCGCUCCCGAGCGAGCGGGGAGGUGGUGACGAGCUGCUCAAUGUUGCCAAAGUGACCACGAGUUUCUCACACCAUACCUGCAACAGCAUUCUUGAAUUUCCGAUGAACAUGCAUGAAAUUUGUUUGAUUUAUUCAGUCAUGCAAUCCGCACGCACGUCACUAGAAGGCUCAUUUUGAAAGGAAAAGCUCUGGGGAGAGUACCUAGUAAAAUGUUACUUAUUCAUCAUCAGUAGUUACAAUCGAAACUACAGGAUGCUUUAUCCUAUCGGGAGUUGUGUCAAUUAUGGUGCUCGUUAUCAUGUAAUAAACUUGGAAGGUAGCUUGGAUAUGUUCUAUUUGUUAAACUGAGGAACGGUUCAAAUAAACGGUAUUGGUAUAAUUAUCUGAAUAAAAGAGUAAUAUUCAAUUUAAUUAGCUAAUACAAGGCAAAUAAAUGUAUCCAAUACAACGUUUUGCCAUUACGUUAUAUGCUAUAGAUCAUGUCCCUUUGAUGAAUACUUCUGAAAAAGCAUGUCGUUUGAAGUUGAUUUAACAAGAGUUUGCCAGUGCCAGAUUACUGACUUGCUAAAUAAUUGCUUCCUCACUCUAAUUCAAGCUUUUGUACGUUUGAAAGUUAUCGUCAGGCUCACCACUAAUAUGCAGCAACAGGCUGGGGCUCGGUUAGUUGUGUCAAUCCGUCCAGUCCUCCAACCCAUUCAUGUUUUUUAACUUAUUCUCGUAAAAUUAACCCAUAGUUACUCUGCGCUCCUCUCAAUUUAGGAAUUUAGCAGAGAGUUUAACACAUUCUGAAAACAUUUAAAUACGCAUUGUCGAUGUGAACUUCGCAGGACAGCUGUAUUUUUUUUUAAACCGCGGCAGAAACUAGAAGUCGUCUGCCUCCUAACACUUUUUGAGGAAAUAAAUAGUGAAGAAAGCAUCAGCGGGCUUUGAUAGGCUCGGAUCACAAGUAGGCGUUUGCACUUUUUACGAUUGGAUAUGUAAAUUAUUUUAAUAGAGUUUUUUUCGCGAAGCCUUACUCUGGGGCAAGCUUUAUAACUUUCAUUCAUUCACGGAAAUGUUUUAGUGCGUAAUCUCCAGCCGCUCUCUGAAAACUUUACCCCAAACCCGCCUCAUCAGCUUGAAGGAGAAUACUGUACACAUUUCUGUAGACAUCUGGGGCAAGAAGCGCUGCUGGAAAAGUACUAUGUGACCGUCUCGAUUUCGCAUUUUGCAAGGGAAUACAGAAUAUUUAAACUCGUUGAUGACUCCUACAGUCACCACGUGCUCUUUGAUGUCUCAUCACCGCUCACUUUUUUCAUGACCACAAACUUGCUUUAUAAUCCCAACCUCCGUGAAACCACCAGUUGGAAACUGUGGCUUUUCCCUCCUCUUGAUCGCUUUGACCACAGCGUGGAUUUGACAUUUUCUCCCUAAAGACUGAAAUUCGGAAUAUAGUCAGAGGAGGAAAAAUCGACUUUUCUGAAAAAAAAAGGCUGUUUUGUAUUUUAGAGGGGGAGCCAAAAAAAUAAAGAAACUGGACAGAAUUGAACUGAGUGUCAAUAACGGAUAUUAACUGGACACAUUGACAAUUUGUGGCUACUGUAAGCCCCUAAUCAAAGUGUUGUGAUGCGUAUUCCCGUAGAUCCCACUACGAGCCGGCGUUUUACUCCACCGUCCACCACAUUACAAGCAACGGGGAAAAUGAGCGAUGUAAGCGGGAUGGUCCCUCACCAGGAACCAGGGCCCGGAGUCGGAGCAGCCGCGACGGCGGCGGCGUUGAGCAGGUCUCUGAUCCGGCCUCAUGAGAACCGAACCAUGGUGGAUAUCAUUGCCGAUCACCCUGCAGAGUUAGUCCGAACUGACAGCCCCAAUUUCCUCUGUUCUAUCCUGCCGUCACACUGGAGGUGCAACAAAACCUUGCCUGUGGCAUUUAAGGUUGUUGCCCUGGGGGAUGUUGCUGACGGCACUGUGGUCACGGUCAUGGCCGGCAAUGAUGAGAAUUAUUCGGCCGAGCUCCGCAACGCCUCGGCGGUCAUGAAGAACCAAGUGGCUCGUUUCAACGAUUUACGCUUCGUGGGCCGGAGUGGAAGGGGUAAAAGUUUUACAUUGACAAUCACAGUAUUCACAAACCCACCCCAAGUGGCUACCUAUCACAGAGCUAUCAAGGUUACAGUGGAUGGGCCCAGAGAACCUAGAAGACAUAGACAGAAACCUGAUGACCAGCCCAAAGUUGGAUUAUUCUCAGAACGUUUGAGUGAAUUGGAACGCCUUCGUCAAACUGCAGUGAGAGUGGGUGCUUCAACACAAAGUCCACGACCUUCUCUUAAUCCUACACCAGGUCCUUUCAGCCCUCAGACUGCAUCUCAGAUUGCAGACCCCAGGCAGGCCCAGUCGUCACCACCAUGGUCAUAUGAUCAGUCCUAUCCACCUUAUCUGAGUCAAAUAACUUCACCUUCCAUUCAUUCUACAACUCCUCUCUCCUCUGCCCGUGCCACAGGGCUUCCUGCAAUCACUCCUGAUGUGCCAAGACGACUUUCAGGUGCAACAGAUCUUGGUCCCUUCUCAGAUCCUCGGCAGUUUGGGCUUUCUUCGCUCACAGAAAGCCGCUUCUCCAACCCCCGAAUGCACUACCCAGCCACCUUCACCUACACACCAACUCCAGUUACAACUGGCAUGUCUCUAGGUAUGUCCGCAGCUGCACACUAUCACACCUACUUGCCACCGCCUUAUCCUGGCUCAUCCCCUAACCAAAGUGGACACUUCCAAACCAGCAGUGCACCCUAUCUCUACUAUGGCACCUCUUCUGGAUCCUAUCAAUUCUCCAUGGUGGCAGGGGGAGAACGCUCGCCCUCCAGGAUGCUGCCACCUUGUACCAGUGCAUCAACUGGCAGUACACUGCUUAAUCCGAAUCUGCCCAACCAAAAUGAUGGUGUUGAUGCUGAUGGUAGCCAUAGCAAUUCUCCCACUGUGUUGUCUUCCACUGGAAGGAUCGAUGAGUCUGUCUGGAGACCAUACUGAUUUUAAUUCUAUAAGAAUACAUAACAGCAGCUUGGAAAAGAACAUUAUCAUUUAAACAGUGCCUAUUGUACAGUUUUUAACUGGAAGAAAAUCUAAUGGUAUGACUGCUCAGUGAACUCGUACAGUAUUUCAGGACAUUUCUGUACAGUUCAACAUAUGCACAUGACUUGGGCUAUUUUUAAGUAACCCCCCCAACCACCUCCUCCACUGAGAGAACUUAGCACCUUGUCCAAAUACAUGAAGCCUAAAUGCACAGCAAAGGAAACUUUGUUUCACAAAGGUGGGCCUUGCACAUAAUAUCUAAGAAGUGGCAGAGUGCAAAUUGCAGUAAUCAUUAAAGCAAUGUUGUGUGUGGCAAAGAAGUGGCUAAAAAUAAGGAAAAAAAGGACUCUAAGCUUGAAGAUGAAUAGUCCUAGAAGAUGUAGCUAUCCACUUUAGCGUCUUUUUAUAAGUUGUCUAGGAGCAAAACUGGCUCACAAUUAGAGUUGUAUGCAUUUGGUUGCAACUGUGCAUAAAGGGCAGAAAUUUUCGUUUUUCUAAUACAUUUCUUGAGGAAUGCCCUUUAAAUGUAAAUAGACUGAAGUUUUUUUAGUAACCAUUUAUGUAAGCAUUUCUGUUCAUUGAAAGUUUACUGCAGAUUUCAAGAGGAGUUUCUGUUCUCUUGAAAUGGUUUUGUAUAUACUUACAACAAAAUUGUCUUUCAAUUUCAAAUGAGAUUUAUCCCAUCUGGCUUGGAGCUAUUUUAUUCCACUAUGUUCUUUAAUUUGAAUAUCGUUUACUUAUUAAUUGAAUGGCUCCUUGAUCCUGGUCUACAGACAUUAAAAUGGUAAUGUCAACAUUGGCGUCAAUACACUAUAGUAUGUGUAGUUGGCUGCAUACUUGAGAAACAAUGGCAAUAAUUUAUAUUAUUUUAAUAUUCAAACUCAUGGGUUACUUUAAUUAAAUGGCAAUUCUCCCCAAAAAUUAGAAUCCUCAAAUUAUUUAGUUACUAAAUAUUGUGCAAAUGUAAGGAUGAUGGAUAUAGGAAUAUUCUUUGCAGUUCAUGCAAGGAGCAUUGGGAAUACUAUUUGUUAAUCACUCAUUCCACAUUAGUUAGGUUCCCUUAAAACUGAUAUAGUGUAUAUUUAUGUAUUAUUAUUGAAAGAACAUUUCUUUGAGGAUCGAACAGCAAUAUUUUAUUUAAAGGUAUAUAUUGGUCGAAAUAUCCUCACACAAUUGAUACUUGAAGAAUAUUGUCAAGGGGAUAUCCAAACAUGUUGCUGUGUAACAGCACUAUACAUCUUUACAUAUCCAAAGCUGUGUUUAUCAAUCUAAGGAUGAGAGCUUUCUUUUGGCUUUUGUUAUAAAUUUAACUCAUGUUUUCCAGAAUUUUGCUUAUAAUCCAAUAUGCUAAUCAAAUUAGGAUCGUUGGUGUUUUAUAACAGAAUCGGUGCAGUUAGGGCAAUACCUUGAAAUCAUGAAAUUAUUGCCUCUUAAAUAUUUUCAAAAGCCCUUUAAUCAGUGAAUUUAAAGCGUACCUUACUAUUCAAUGCCAGCAGCCAAAAAGGCACGAUUUCAGAAUUAAUGUUUCCUUUAAACAAUCAGGUCCACAAUGUAAACAAAACAAAAGGCAGAAAGUACUGUUUAUGUUCUACUUAUUUUCCUUCACAGUGCAUAAUCGUGAAGGUGAUUUGAUGCCCUUUUCAAGUUUAUUUUAAGAAACAAUAAUUAGAUGGAAAGAUGUUUCGUUCACUCACUCUACUUCAUACACAAUUACAUCUGUAUAGGCAUAAGUUUGUGACUUUUUACAUUUGAAUAUGAACUGCUCUGGUAAUAACGAGAAGGAAACACUUGCACGUAGUGAAAAUUUGAAGUGAAUGCAGUUGAAAACAUACAGCAGACCGUAGAUAUCAUGAAUAAUGAAUCAUAUUUUAAGCAGGAAUAUCUUGUGGUUUGAGGCAUGAUUAUUUUGACAGAAAAGUGGCUACCAUUAAGGUCAUUAAUCUAGUUUACACUCAGGCAAUGUCUAAAUUCUCGAGCAGAAACUAAUUUUAGGCCAUUAAUUGUUAUUAUUGAAAUGUGGUUAACACUUAAAGUUUUAACUUAUAUAGCUAAAACCACCUUAGAAUUUAUUGGCAUUACAUCUUUAAGCAAAACUAGUUUGUGUUCAAGUAGUACUAGAAAUUAAUAACACAGCCAAAUAAUGACUUCACUUCAGAAGUACUUAAUUGGCCAUAAAGCACUAAGGGAUGUCCUGAGGCUUGAAAGUUCUUUCCUUUUAUUAUCAUACCAACGUAGAACCUGUAUUGAUUCAACUGAUAUACUUGUGCAGAACCUGCCAUAUAUUAAAGUAACCCAGGUACUUGAUAUGUUAAAAUUGCCAUGCCUAUAAAUCUUAGAAAGAUUACACAAAAAAAAUGUGUAUUCAGUCUUUGUAACUUUAAAAAAGCACAAAAUACAUGAGGUACAUGAAUGCAAUAUCUUAUCCUAAUGCUUCCUUAGUUUCAAAUGCUUCGUUCUAUUCUGAGACUAUUUUAUGUAAUAAAUAAAUGUCAAAUAUUUUUCAAUAUUUAGAUAUAGCAAGCUUUUUUUUUAAACUGUAACAUUUUCUUGUGUGAAGCAUGCUUUUGUGGACCCAAGGUUCUAUUUACAUUAAAGCUGGACAACUUUAUUGAUAUUAUUUAUUGCAAGUGGUAGCUUGAAGCAAACCACCAGCCUACAUUUAUAUAUCUGUACAGGUAAUGAGUUCGAUAGUUUUCAGCAGCAUUUAAAAAAGCAGGUGUCAGGUUACACAACUCAAGGUUGAAUUAAUCAAAUCUUACUGCCAGUGCAAGCUGUUACCUAUUUAAUAAGAGGUACUUUAUUUGUUUAAUGUAAUUUUUAUUGCUAAGGUGGAUUUUUAAACAUGUGUUUUUAUAUAAAAUGAUUUUUUUUAAACAUUCUUUGUUAGGAUGUGAUAUUUGUAGGGCUGCAGGCAGCAAUUUUGGAACAACGCUUAAGAUUUUAUACAGUCAAAAGCACAUCCAACUAGAUCCACUAUCCACCAGGUUGAUGCAACAAUUACUAUACAUUUGUGAUAUCAUGCAAAUUGUAUACAUGGAUUUUUUUCAUUCAGUGCAGAUUUUCACUCCAGGUAUGAACAUUUUGGGGGGAUUUCUGAUCUGUUAGUUUUCUCUGGUACUAACUGUUAACAUGAACUAGCAGAUAAUUACAGAGUAAUUUAAUGUGCAGAAGGGGACUAUGCAGCCAUGAUAAGAGCUAUUUAGAUGUAUCCUGUUUUCCAGUCUCCGUCAGUGGUCCUGUAGGCUGCUACUUAUCAAAUGUUCAUCAGGAUGAUGAACAUAAGAUGAGAGUUUCUGCCUCCACUACCCUUUCAGGCAUUGUACCACAGACCUUCAUAAUAACAAUUAAAAGAACAAUUCAAAUUUCUUCUAAACUUUCUGCUAUUCACCCAUAAUCUAUGGCCCUGGUUUAUCACGGGGUUAUGUGACACCUUAGGUGAUUCAAAGAUACAGUAGACUUCAUAGGAUUGCCAAAUACUUGAUUGCUUUACAUGGUGGCAGCAGAUAAGUCCAAGUUUAAUAAAAUAGCAAAAAAUAAUUGAUGGAAGCUUCAAUAAACUCUAAUAGGAUCAUGCAAUUACAAUGAAUAUUCUAUAUCUUGGAAUAUUACAGUUCCUUACUAUGUCAAUAUUUUGGAUUGGCACUGAAUAUUCAUCUCUCCAUUUUCCUUUUUCUUUUGAUGAUGGUAAAUAAUUUUGUCAUUUAAUGCAAUAUCCUACUGUUCCAUUGAAAAAAUAUUGAGUAGGAAUGAAAUAUUAUCAGAUACAAAAUGAAAACCUAGCAUGGGAAAAUCAAAACCCCAGAUUAAAGUGUAUCUGGUUUUGUCUUCAGAAAAGGCUAAUCUGCUUUCCUCCAGAAACUAGGAAUAGAAACAGGGGUUGCUGUUAUAGAGGCAGAAGCACUGAUUGAGAUAUUUGCUGUGUAGAGCAGUUCAUGUCAAUAAUUGAUGAGCACAGCUGUAUGCUUUGAAUGUUUCUAGUAUUUGGCAAUCAUACCACUAAUGUAACUGAUGGUAAAAAUAAGCUUGGGUUAUAGGUUUCAUGCUGAUUUGUUUCCAGUGAAAGCCAUGUUACAAUUUGUUAACCUAACAUUAUGAAAACAAUACUCUUAAUAAUGAAAGGCACAGUAGAGCUUAAACUAAAAUGACUGAAACAAGUCCAAGGUGAGCCUCAUCCAUCUCAGAUUUAGUCAUGUUAUCUUCAACUCUCGAUACUCUUAAUCACACAAAACUAUUUUUAGGAAUGUUACAACAUUUUGAGAUUUUAAAAAAUCAAGCCUAUAAUUUAUCCCAUCAGAUAAAGCAUAAAAAAACCCUUUAAUAUUUACCCAGUUCACUUUCAUAUCUUCAGUAUUAAAAAAGUUAUGGUCAUUUUCAUACUAGGAAAUUAACAUCUUGUUCCCUAUUGCUUUGUAUUGACUUAACUCAAAAGCUGUGAUCGAGGACAAGGACCGUUUUACACAGACACACAUACAGAUCAGUCAUGGAUGCCGCCAUGUUCAACAAUCCGAUCUGUAUGUACUGUGGAGGUUUUUAGUCAGAUAUUUAGCAUGAAAAUAGUGAUCAUGGAUAGACAAUUACACAAUACAGAUAAUGAUCAUGUUGCCAAUAUCGGGGCCUAAUUAACUUAUUUCGCAUCAUCAGAUUAAAAUUAAAUUACACCUAAAACUAGAUAAGAUAUUAAGUAAACGUCCUACAUACCUUUUGUUUUAGUAUGAACUUGCGAUCUGUGAUUUUGAAGGUCUUGAAUUUGAGCCCCGACUUUCAAAUCCAGCGAUUCAAUAGACCAGCAACGUGCUGAAAAAAAAGCGCGAAUGGAUGACAGAACGGGAUUUCCUCUACAUCAUAAGCUUGUUGUAAGAGGAAAUCCCUCCCUGACAACAAAGAAAAACUUGCAAUUUACUCCCCCCCUUCCCCCACAGUAUCUCGAGUCGGCAGAUCUGGGGUGCCACUGACGGCAGGGAUUGUAACAAUGAUACUCUUUUUUUUGUCUUAAGCAGUUUAUCAUGCAGUUCAUAUUUGGUAUUCUAUAGUUUGUGAUGUGAGACACACAAUGGAAAUCUGAGCUUUCUAACGCAAUUGCUACAUAGAUAGUUGAGAAAAAAAGCACACAUGUUAAUCUGUUCAUUAUUUUUGUUUAAGUAAAUCAGACAUCAUUCUGCAGUUUUGAUUUCAAUGGUAUACUUGCACUUCGGCGUUUUAAUUUUUUUAACUUUUUAUAAAAAUACAAGCUUUUUUAUUGCUGUUAUUCAAUAAUUGCUUUGUACUGAGUGUACUGUACAAAUGCAUUGUGUUUCCAAGCCAUUGCCAUCAUUGAUUAUGAAUCACUUUGCUAUGUCUUAAAAGGGAAGAAAGCUAAGGUAGUGGUUUAUGUAUCACCAAACCACAAAAUUCCUUGUCUGGCAUUUUGUCAUGAUUGUAACAUUGAUUUAAGUUUGAAUUUCAUUAUCAAUAAAAUGGCAUUUUGUAUUAA